UUUAGACAGCUCUUUACUAACAACUAUUUUAUCAAGAAAUUUUAGUAUAAAUACAUAGGCCAAUGAGUCCACAAAAGGCAUCACUUCUCAACUGAAAAACUAAAAGUUGUCUUCUUUCUUCUUCUCCUAACUAGCUAACCACAUUUGGGAGGCUAGGUGGUGUAAUUUUCCGGCGAUAUGAGGCUUAACAAUGGCGGCCCUGCCAAGGGUCGUCAAUAUUUGCCACAAAUCUUAGUGGCAUUGGCCAUAUUGGCUGUUGCUAAUGUAGUGUCGGCAGACCCUUAUGUAUACUCUUCUCCACCACCUCCAGUGUAUGAGUACAAAUCACCACCACCUCCUUCUCCGUCUCCACCACCACCAUAUGUGUACAAAUCUCCACCUCCUCCCUCACCUUCUCCCCCGCCUCCAUAUGUUUAUAAUUCACCUCCUCCUCCUUCUCCAUCUCCACCACCACCAUAUGUGUAUAAGUCCCCACCACCUCCCUCACCGUCUCCACCACCACCCUAUGUGUAUAAGUCUCCCCCACCUCCUUCACCAUCUCCACCUCCACCAUAUUACUACAAAUCUCCUCCACCACCAUCACCUUCACCACCACCUCCAUAUUACUACAAGUCUCCACCUCCACCUUCACCGUCACCUCCACCACCAUACUAUUACAAAUCUCCACCACCGCCUUCACCAUCACCACCUCCACCAUAUUAUUAUAAGUCUCCACCGCCACCUUCUCCUUCACCUCCUCCACCAUAUUAUUACAAAUCUCCACCACCUCCUUCACCUUCUCCUCCACCACCUUAUUACUACAAGUCUCCACCUCCUCCAUCACCUUCACCACCACCACCAUACUAUUACAAGUCUCCUCCUCCACCUUCCCCAUCACCACCCCCACCGUACUAUUACAAGUCCCCACCACCACCGGCUAAAUCACCUCCUCCCCCGUACUAUUACAGUUCUCCUCCACCACCAGUGAAGUCUCCCCCUCCACCUUACUACUACUCCUCACCACCACCACCAAAGAAAUCACCUCCUCCGCCAUAUCACUACACUUCUCCACCACCUCCUGUUAAGUCACCACCUCCUCCAUACUACUACUCCUCGCCACCACCACCAAAGAAAUCACCUCCUCCACCAUAUCACUACAGUUCCCCACCACCACCAGUUAAGUCACCUCCAACUCCAUACUACUACAAGUCUCCACCACCACCACCAAAGAAGUCUUCUCCCCCACCAUACUACUAUACUUCACCACCACCACCAACUCAUUACUAUCCUCCACAUCAUCAAUUUGUAGUCAAAGUUGUCGGAAAAGUCUAUUGUUUUAGAUGCCAUAAUUGGAAGCACCCAGAGAUGUCUCACGACAAGAAACACCUGAAAGGUGCUAUUGUUGAAGUGACUUGCAAGGUCGGUGACAAAGAAAUUGUGAGUUAUGGUACCACUAAGAUCAAUGGCAAAUUUAGCAUCACUGUUGAAGGAUUUGAAUAUAGCAAGUAUGGAGCAAAGGCUUGCAAGGCUAAACUCCACAAUGCUCCUAAGGAUUCAAAGUGUAGCAUUCCUACAAAUCUUCAUUGGGGAAUUAAGGGUGCUAACCUCAAAGUGAAGUCAAAGAAUAAAUAUGAAGUUGUACUCUAUGCAAAACCAUUUGGUUAUGGCUCAAAGACACCUUAUGCAGAAUGCCUAAAACCCAAGCCUACACCUGCUCCAUACUAUUAUAAAUCUCCUCCACCUCCAACACCGACUUAUGUUUACAAGUCACCACCACCUCCAUCACCAAAAUAUGUGUACAAGUCACCACCUCCCCCAACCCCGACAUACGUUUAUAAGUCUCCACCACCACCUGCUUACUAUUACAAAUCUCCACCACCACCAACUAAGUCUCCCCCACAUUACUAUUACAAAUCUCCACCUCCACCAUCACCAAAACCUGCACCGGUAUACUAUUAUAAAUCUCCACCUCCACCAUCACCAAAACCUGCACCUGUAUACUAUUACAAAUCACCACCACCACCAUCACCAAAACCUGCACCCGUGUACUAUUAUAAGUCACCACCACCACCAUCACCUUCUCCCCCACCUCCUUACUACUACAAGUCUCCUCCACCACCAUCACCAAAACCCGCACCUGUAUACUAUUAUAAAUCACCACCACCACCAUCACCAUCUCCUCCUCCACCAUACUAUUACAAGUCUCCACCACCACCAUCGCCAUCACCCCCACCACCUUACUACUACAAGUCUCCUCCACCACCAUCACCAUCUCCCCCACCUCCAUACUACUACAAGUCUCCUCCACCCCCAUCGCCUUCUCCCCCUCCACCAUACUACUACAAGUCACCACCACCACCAUCGCCAUCUCCUCCACCACCCUACUACUACAAAUCACCACCACCACCAUCGCCAUCUCCUCCACCACCCUACAUCUACAAGUCUCCUCCUCCACCAUCACCUUCACCACCUCCACCCUACUACUACAAGUCACCUCCUUCACCGUCACCUUCUCCACCGCCUCCCUACUACUACAAGUCACCGCCACCACCAUCCCCAUCUCCUCCACCACCCUACUACUACAAGUCUCCUCCUCCACCAUCACCUUCACCACCCCCACCUUACUACUACAAGUCGCCUCCUCCACCGUCACCUUCUCCACCACCUCCUUACUACUAUCACUCUCCACCUCCACCCGUAAAGUCUCCUCCUCCUCCUUAUUACUACAGCUCACCUCCUCCACCAGUGAAAUCACCUCCUCCACCGGCGUACAUUUACGCUUCACCACCACCACCAGGUCGUCAAUAUUUACCACAAAUCUUAGUGGCAUUGGCCAUAUUGGCUGUUGCUAAUGUAGUGUCGGCAGACCCUUAUGUAUACUCUUCUCCACCACCUCCAGUGCAUGAGUACAAAUCUCCACCUCCUCCCUCGCCUUCUACCCCGCCUCCAUAUGUUUAUAAGUCACCUCCUCCUCCUUCACCAUCACCACCUCCUCCAUAUGUGUAUACGUCUCCACCCCCUCCUUCACCAUCUCCACCACCACCAUAUGUGUAUAAGUCCCCACCACCUCCCUCACCGUCUCCACCACCACCCUAUGUGUAUAAGUCUCCACCACCUCCAUCACCAUCACCACCUCCACCAUAUUACUACAAAUCUCCUCCUCCACCAUCACCUUCACCACCACCUCCAUAUUACUACAAGUCUCCACCUCCACCAUCACCUUCACCACCACCUCCAUAUUACUACAAGUCUCCACCUCCACCUUCACCAUCACCACCUCCACCAUAUUAUUAUAAGUCUCCACCGCCACCUUCCCCUUCACCUCCUCCACCAUACUAUUACAAAUCUCCACCACCACCUUCACCUUCUCCUCCACCACCUUAUUACUACAAGUCGCCACCUCCUCCAUCACCUUCACCACCACCACCAUACUAUUACAAGUCUCCUCCUCCACCUUCCCCAUCACCACCCCCACCGUACUAUUACAAGUCCCCACCACCACCGGUCAAAUCACCUCCUCCCCCGUACUAUUACAGUUCUCCUCCACCACCAGUGAAGUCUCCCCCUCCGCCAUACUACUACUCCUCACCACCACCACCAAAGAAAUCACCUCCUCCACCAUAUCACUACACUUCUCCACCACCACCUGUUAAGUCACCACCUCCUCCAUACUACUACUCCUCGCCACCACCACCAAAGAAAUCACCUCCUCCACCAUAUCACUACAGUUCCCCACCACCACCAGUUAAGUCACCUCCAACUCCAUACAACUACAAGUCACCACCACCACCACCAAAGAAGUCUUCUCCCCCACCAUACUACUAUACUUCACCACCACCACCAACUCAUUACUAUCCUCCACAUCAUCAAUUUGUAGUCAAAGUUGUCGGAAAAGUCUAUUGUUUUAGAUGCCAUAAUUGGAAGCACCCAGAGAUGUCUCACGACAAGAAACACCUGAAAGGUGCUGUUGUUGAAGUGACUUGCAAGGCCGGUGACAAAGAAAUUGUGAGUUAUGGUACCACUAAGAUCAAUGGCAAAUUUAGCAUCACUAUUGAAGGAUUUGAAUAUAGCAAAUAUGGAGCGAAGGCUUGCAAGGCUAAACUCCACAAUGCUCCUAAGGAUUCAAAGUGUAGCAUUCCUACAAAUCUUCAUUGGGGAAUUAAGGGUGCUAACCUCAAAGUGAAGUCAAAGAAUAAAUAUGAAGUUGUACUUUAUGCAAAACCAUUUGCUUAUGGCUCAAAGACACCUUAUGCAGAAUGCCUAAAACCCAAGCCUACACCUGCUCCAUACUAUUAUAAAUCUCCUCCACCUCCAUCACCGACUUAUGUUUAUAAGUCACCACCUCCUCCAUCACCAAAAUAUGUGUACAAGUCACCACCUCCUCCAACCCCGACAUACGUUUAUAAGUCUCCACCACCACCUACUUACUAUUACAAACCUCCACCACCACCAACUAAGUCUCCACCACAUUACUAUUACAAAUCUCCACCUCCACCAUCACCAAAACCUGCACCGGUAUACUAUUAUAAAUCUCCACCUCCACCAUCGCCAAAACCUGCACCUAUUUACUAUUACAAAUCACCACCACCACCAUCACCAAAACCUGCACCCGUGUACUAUUAUAAGUCACCACCACCACCAUCACCUUCUCCCCCACCUCCUUACUACUACAAGUCUCCUCCACCACCAUCACCAAAACCUGCACCUGUAUACUAUUAUAAAUCACCACCACCACCAUCACCAUCUCCUCCUCCACCAUACUAUUACAAGUCUCCACCACCACCAUCGCCAUCACCCCCACCACCUUACUACUACAAGUCCCCUCCUCCACCAUCUCCAUCACCACCCCCACCUUACUACUACAAGUCUCCUCCACCACCAUCACCAUCUCCCCCACCUCCAUACUACUACAAGUCUCCUCCACCUCCAUCGCCUUCUCCCCUUCCACCAUACUACUACAAGUCACCACCACCACCAUCGCCAUCUCCUCCACCACCCUACUACUACAAAUCACCAUCACCACCAUCGCCAUCUCCUCCACCACCCUACAUCUACAAGUCUCCUCCUCCACCAUCACCAAAACCUGCACCUGUAUACUAUUAUAAAUCACCACCACCACCAUCACCAUCUCCUCCUCCACCAUACUAUUACAAGUCUCCACCACCACCAUCGCCAUCACCCCCACCACCCUACUACUACAAGUCUCCUCCUCCACCAUCACCUUCACCACCCCCACCUUACUACUACAAGUCGCCUCCUCCACCGUCACCCUCUCCACCACCUCCUUACUACUAUCACUCUCCACCUCCACCCGUAAAGUCUCCUCCUCCUCCUUAUUACCAGUGAAAUCACCUCCUUCACCGGCGUACAUUUACGCUUCACCACCACCACCAGUCCACUACUAAGAGGUUUUAAGAGUGCAGUCAUUCUCCACAAUCAAUCAAAUUUUAGUUUGAAACACAAAAUAAAUGAUGGCUUCUUGAGGAAUAGAUUCAAACGUCAAUGGUACAAAGCAAUUAAUUUAUGGAAUAAGAUGUUCAAUCUUUUAAUUGAAGGGUUGAUUCUUCAUGACAUGGACAUAUUUGAUUCUACUUCUCUUUUGGUCUUCUCGCACAUUGUUUUCUUAGUGCGUUCACAUGAACGCAUAUAAGCUUUGAUGCUUCUUAGAGUUUGUUUCUUCGUAACUUAUUGUUUGUAUUGAGGAUAUUGUCUUUUUUUAUUCAUUCGUAUUAAUUAUUAUUGUAUGGUGUUCUUGCAAUACCUUUGUGUACUUACUGCACAAAUCAAUAAGAAAGAUCAAUUUCACU